GUUAUGAAUGUUUGUGUACACUUUGUGCGUUUGCGUGUUCCUGCAUGCUGUCAGUAGCAUUUCCUGUUCACACCUCCCACCUGCCUGGACGCUGGGAGCUCUCAGGGCUCAGAGUCGGAUGAAUGUCACUCGGCUCAUAGCCUCUGAAGAUGGAGUGGCUCUUUGAAGGCCACAAACUGCUCCCCUCGGGGUUGAGGAGCGUCCAAAGCUGCCCUCAACACACACUUCUGCCGAGUGUGGUAACAACUUUUUUCUUCUCACCGAAGCCGUGCAGGAUCUGCACCAUGAAGACCAGACUCGGCUGCCUGUCCAACAAGUCGGACUCCUACAGCGACUUCUCCGAGUUCCUUCCUCCCGCCCACGAAACUACUGCCAGGUGUCUGAAGCUGUCGACGGACGAGGUCGUUCGAUGGUCGGAGUCGUUUGAUCACCUCCUCUCUCACAAAUAUGGCCUCGCUGCCUUCCGGACGUUUCUCAAGACAGAGUUCAGCGACGAGAACAUCGAGUUCUGGAUGGCCUGCGAGGAGUACAAGAAGAUCAAGAGCUCCACGAAGAUGGUGUCCAGAGCAAACAAGAUCUUCACGGAGUUCAUCGAUGUCCAGGCGCCAAGAGAGGGAGAAGACCAAGCAGAGCCUGGAGGACCCGACCCCGAGCAGCCUCAACGAAGUCCAGGCCAAAGUCCACGGCCUCAUGGAGAAGGACUCCUACCCGCGGUUCCUCAGGUCCAAGAUGUACCAGGAGAUGGUGAACAGGGCCCACGCACAAGGCCAGCGGCGGUCGGUUUGAAUCCCACGGACGACCACCGCUGGACAUAAAAAAAAACUGGACCUAUACUGUAAAUCACUCAUUAACCCUUUUGACGUCAUCUGUCAAUACUGUGAAUCUGCGAAGGGAGGGGGCGACGUGCUCGACCGUUUCCUGUGUCCACACCAGCUCCGUGCAUGAAAUCCCUCUAGAUAAGAUGUGUCCGGGUGAAGUGAGCGGUCGAGGGACGAGGAGCGGACGAGGAGAAGCUCGUUGUUUACCUCUAUUUAUCGCUGUCUUAAUGAAAAUGACACAAUAACGAUAUUUAUUACAAUGUGUGAUUUUAAUGUUGUGUGCUUUUAUUUUCGUAAAGGUCAUAAAAGGAAAUGAUAAAAUUAGAAAGUCUCGGUACCAAAAUACGAGAAGAAGAUGUUUUUGUGCGAUUGAAAUUUUUGUACUUGAAGCACAGAUCGAAAAAAGGAUGGAUGAGGAAGUAGAUUCCAAUAAGUUAUGUUGAAAUAAUAGAUGGUUGAAAGCUCUUUAUUUAGUUUUUUUAAUUGUUUUUAAUAUAAUUUGUAAUAAUUACAUAUUCAAAAAGUUUACAAUGAAGUAUUGACGUUGUGAAACAACAACGACACCGGGUCUAUUCAAGAUUUACUAAUUUACAUGGCAGAGCUCGGCUUUGCCCUCAAAAGACAAAUGCGUGUUUUUGUUUGAUAAAUAAAAGCUUUUAAUUGGCAUUUAUUACAAAUAUUAAUAAUUUAGUUUGAUCGGACUGAAGAAAAAUUGUUGAUUUAAGAACAUGUCGAUCAUUUUUUCUCCUCAUCUUCAACAUCAUCCCGCAUUUUUGAUUUGUAAAUUUAUAUCUUUAUCUUAUCCAGUGUGUAUUUUUUCAUUUACAUAGAACCAGCUCACUUCCAUUGAAGUAUAAUUAUUUAUAUUCAUUAUUUAAAAAAAUCGUACAUUGAGAUGCUUCUCGUUGUUGCUCAGCAGCGGCUCCUCUCGGCUCUUUGUGAAUUAGACACCGUCGACUGCUCCUGUCGUGGUAGUUUGUGUUUACACCGAACAACGAAGUGACCGAAACACUUCAUAUCGGAAACUGUGCCAAACUAGAUUGCACUUAGGUAUUGAUUAUAGCUAGACUAUAUAAUCCUGUGUACUGUAAUCUCUUGCAGGUAUUCUAUGUGAUAUAUAUAUAAUGUGGAGUAUUGGCAGGGUCGGGUUCGACGUCUUUGCUUUCAGUUCACUCGAUUCGGGGGGAAAGGAGAACGUGUGAUCGUACGUGUUGAACUUGUAUCUGCAUCCUAUCGGACCAAAAACACAUUUUAUUCAAGCAUCUUUUUAAACUACAUUCAUUUCUUUAAAUGCACAUUAAAUUGAGUAAUUACACCGGCUUCUGAUUGUCGGUUUGCAGUGAAUUGAAAGCACAGACGGUCGACCCCCACCCGUAGAAUCUGUCCCGAGUUACAAACUGUGUUGUGGCAAUUUUUCCUCAAAAAUAUUUCCAGCAUGAUGCACUUCACAGAAAAGUGACUUAGAUAUUCUUCGACUUGUACAGUAUGAUGUGAAAAUGACUGCAAAAAAAAACAAAACAACCUUAUAUCUACAAUACGUCAGUGACAUGACACGUGUGCUCCC